AUGGGUAGAGCAACCAUAGGGGUGGUGGAAGAAGAGUGGUUCGACCGGCAGGAGAGUGGAGUGUGUGAGGAAGGUGAGGACGAUAGGAGAAGAGAACGGGAGGCGAUUUACAGGGGAGGCGGUGGUGGAGAUGAAGGGUCAAUUGAUGAAGAAUCCGGUGGAUGUGGAUUUGAUGGGCCGGGUUGGGCCGCUUCCUUGGUUUGCGACGUUUCCGGAUGUUGGUGGGAAUAUCUUGGACUUAUAUACCCUUGUAGUAGAAUCUGA